AUGGAGGCCUACGACGAACUUCUCCGCUGGACCAGCAAGCAAGGGAUCGAGGUUCACGGUAUCGAGGCCAAGAGGAUACCCGGCAGAGGAAUUGGCAUUGUGGCUUCGAAAGACCUGAAGGCCAAUGAACGCCUCAUAUACGUUCCCGCCGCCUCCCUCCGCACCCUCACAACCGUCCGCCCCGAAAUCCGCAAGGCCCUCCCUCCACCAGCCCCCAAAUACAAAGGAACCCCCGUCCAUGCGCUCCUCGCAGCAGAGCUACUCCUCGAGACCCCCACCAUCAAGAAGAAAUACGCCCCCUGGCACGCCGUGGUCCCAACUCGUGACGAUAUCCUGUCCACCCUCCCACUAGCCUGGCCAACAUCCGACCAUGAGAAACUACACUCCCUCCUCCCCUACGCAGCCCGCGCUCACUUGACCAAGCAAAAAGCCAAAUUCGAAAAGGAUUGGCAGUUGACACGUGAUGUCCUCCUUCCAAAACUGUCUCUCUCUCCCAAGGGUCGAUAUUCCAAGCAGGAGUUCCUGUAUCAUUGGCUGCUUGUCAACACGAGAACGUUUUACCAUGAAACCCCCGCGACGGAGCGGCUGACAAAGGAUGACAAGAUGGCUCUGCAGCCGGUGGCGGAUUUGCUCAAUCAUUCUGAUGAGGGGUGUGAAGUGGUGUUUGAUACGGGGUGUUAUACCAUUUCGGCGGAUAGGGAGUAUAAACAGGGGGAGGAGGUGUAUAUUUGCUACGGGACGCACUCGAACGACUUUUUGAUGGUGGAAUAUGGGUUUUGUCCGGAGGAGAAUAAGUGGGAUGAGGUUUGUAUUGAUGAGGUGGUCCUGGAAGAAAUGUCAACCGCAAGAAAGAAGUGGUUGGACGGGAGGGACUUUUUGGGCAAGUAUUUGAUUGAUGAGAGGAAUUUGACGGGGUGUUAUAGGACCAGAGUGGCAUUGAUGCUACUGUGCACGUCGAGGGGUCAAUGGGAGAGGUGGGUUGAUGAGGGAGAGGAUGGGGGGGAGGAGGUGCAAAAAAUGGUGGAUCGGAUUAUGGUAAGGGUGUUGGAGAAGUAUCUGAAAAGGUGUAUGGAGGCGAUUGGGGAGUUGGAGGGCUGUGGGCCGUCGGGGGAGAUGGUGUUGAAGAGGUGGAGACAGAUUGAGAGGUUGGUCGAGAAGUCUUUGGAGGAAUUAAAGGUUGAGGACAACUAA